CAUCAAGUUCUCAACGGAAGAGGAAAUGGACCGGCUACUGUAUUUGUUCGAGCCUUUGGAACGAUAUGAAAACAAUUGCUGCAUUAUAUGGAGAGAAUCACCAUCCAUCUGCAGUAUUUUCUGCUACAAAGACGUGAUCGAGGCGGCUAAAAUACUGACUGGUUACCUAAAUGAAUUGGGAAUUGCGGAAUAUUGCAAAGUCCUGGUGAAUAUUGGACAUUCUCCUGCCCUUCUGCCUAUUAUUCUUAGUGUAUUAAACAAACGUUGCUGUUACUGCCCUGUGCUAAUCGAUGAAGAUCAAAUUGUUAACCAUCUUAUUCUAUAUGAAUCCCAAUGUUUAAUAAGCGAAAAGGCAAUACGCAUACCAUUUAAAGCAGUGCGGAAUGUAGAUGUCUUUGGUCAAGAAGUAUACAUUUAUACUUUUGAAAAUCGAGCUAUGUAUAAUAAGGUGGAGAACGAUACUCUCUGCUAUGCAAUACAGACAUCAGGUAGUACUAGAGAGCCGAAGAUAGUGAAUGUUCCUUACAGUUGUGUAUUACCAAAUAUCGAAAGUUUGAGUUGUUUAUUUUCCUUGAACCAAGAGAAUGUAAUCUUCGUAUCAUCGCCGCCGACAUUCGACCCUUUUAUCGUCGAUAUAUUUCUUGCUCUGAGGAAUGGCGCAGCUGUUCUUCUUGUAGCACCAACGAUAAGGGUUCUUCCGGAAACUUGCGCCAAAUUGGUCUUCAACUCGAUUGGCCACAAUGCUACAAUUAGCCAAAUGACUCCGUCACUAUUUAAAAGGUUUAAAGCGAACGCAUUAGAGAAAUAUAUUUUUCACGAAUCUACAAGCCUGAGAAUAUUAGUCCUUGGUGGUGAGCCAUUUCCCUCUACGGAGGAAUUCCAAAAAUGGCCAGUUUGGCAUUUAUCUAAAGACAUUAGGAUAUUCAACAUUUACGGUAUAACAGAGGUCUCAUGCUGGAGUAGCAUUGAGGAAAUUUUUAAAGAUAAAACAAAUGUUUCGUUGGGCGAACCGCUGGAUACAGAUACACAAUAUGUAGUUCGCAGCACAGAAUCGAUAUUCGAUAUCAUUUCUACUGGAAUCGGCGAAUUAUAUAUAGAAAGUGCAAAAAGGAAAUGUUUCUUGGAUUCAGAAAACCCUAAAAUACUAAAUGCUGAUGGAAUUAUUUCUCGAAAGACAGGUGAUUUGGUCGAGAUAAAAAAUAAUAAAAUACUUUAUAGAGGCAGAACAAACGCUAUUGUGAAACGAUAUGGCUGCAGAGUGAAUUUGGCAAGCAUAGAAGAAAAAGUUAAGAAAGGUCAACUAGAUAUUGUCGAUGUUUGCUGUGUAUUCGACAGGGAUGCUCCGACUUUGGUAAUUUUUAUAAUAUUGCGGGAAGGAGCAGUUAUCCCGCAUGCUCAGGACCUUUUUAAGGAACUUAAAAAAGUAGAAAUCCCUGAUGAUAUUGUAUACUUGGAGAAAUUUCCUUUAUCAUCUCAUGGAAAAAUUUCUAGACAAAAACUGCUUGAGAAUUAUAGGUCAAUGCAAAGGAAUACAUCUCAUGUGAAAGUCGAGAUUCUAUUAGAAACUGUAGAAAGUAGAUUAAGAGAGUAUUUAGGACUAUCAAAAGAGACAAACGAAACGAAUUCAUCAGUCGAAAAAAGAAUCCGAUUGCAAUCAUGGAAGGACUUAUCAUUUCAAGAUGCUGGAGGUUCAUCCUUCCUUGCAUUACGUUUACUCUCUGAAUUAGAAGAAACCAUGUGUCAGAAAUUGGAAGACUUUUUCAUUAAACUUUUAGAUAAAAAUUGCACCCUAAGGGAUGCUUUGGCAUUCUUGAAAGAAAAUGUUCGAAACCAUGCAAUGAUAACUACACCUACUCGGUGCAGAUUUAUGAAAAAGGACGUACAAUUAUCCAUCAUCUGGAAAUAUGAUUUAAAUAAAUGCGUAGACGCUUCACCAGCAUUGGCAAAUAUAGUCGAUAGAGCCAUUGUUGUGGUUGGAUCCCAUUCACACAUUCUCGUCUGUUUGGAUAUUCAAGAUGGUUCGGAAAUUUCAAAACUAGAACUUCCAGACAGAAUUGAAGGGAAAACGGCAAUUAUUGAUGAAUGCAGCAUCGUCGGGUGCUAUGAUGGGUUUUUAUACAAAAUCAAUUUAACUACUGGACAAAUUUUGCAAAAAUUCGACUCUCAAGGAAUGAUAAAGUGCAAACCGCUUAUAAUUGACAAUUUAGUACUUUUUGCGAACUACUCCGAAGCCGAGAACCUGUUUUGUUUGGAGUAUCAGAAUUUUAAGCAACUUUGGUCUCGUCGAAUAGGAAAUAAAUCCUGUUUUGCGUCCGCAAUCGAACUUGAUGAGAGGUCAGUGGUGAUUUGUACGUUAGACGGUUUGGUAGCCGCCAUAGAAUAUCGAAAGGGCGAAACUGUUUGGGAAGUAAAGUUCGAUUCACCUAUAUUUUCUACACCUGCUAGAUUAUCAUCAAAAGAACUGGUUGUUGCUGAGGUCGGUGGUCGGGUUCAUUGUAUCCAAAGUGGAUUUCGGGUAUGUGCUUAUGACUUGAAUGCUGCAAUAUUCUCAUCAUUAUUAGCACUUGAUUCAGAAGCUGUAAUUUUUGGGUGCUACGAUAACUUCAUAUACUGUUUACAAUUCUCUGCAAACGACCUAUCAUUCUUUCAAAAAUGGAAAGUACAAAUAGACGCACAAAUUUAUUCGACACCGACAGUUGUUGAUUUUGAUGAUAAUUAUUAUAUUGUGGCUUGUACAAUCAAAGGGAAAGUCAAUAUAAUACAUUCAGAAUUACAAUGCAUUGUAGGCUCUAUUCAACUUGACGGCGAGGUAUUUUCUUCACCUUCAACAUAUAAGAAUAGAAUAUACAUUGGAUGUAGAGAUAAUUUUCUGUAUUGUUUAGAAAUCAAUGAAAUGAAAGGUAAUAAAAAUCCAAACUAAGUAAGCACUUUUUCAUGA